CUUAUGAUCUUUAAACAUGGCAGCAUUAAAUGCAUGUAGUGCUCUUGUGACAGGGUCCAACCGAGGCUUGGGUUUAGAAAUGAUCAAGCAGCUCUUGGAGGCCCAUUGCUCAAAAGUAUUUGCUGCAUGUCGUGACCCUGAUGGGCCAAAUUCUGAGGUGCUAAGAGAACUGGCUAAAAAGAAUCCAGAUGUUGUCACCCUUGUGAAGCUUGACAUUGCUGAUCCAUGCAGUAUCAAGGAAUCUGCCAAGAAAGUGGGUUCUUUACUGGGGGAGAAGGGUUUGAACCUGCUUGUGAAUAAUGCUGCAAUCUUGCCCCAAAAAACCAUGCUGACUGCUACUGUUGAGGACAUGCACAAUGCCUUCAACACAAAUGUGAUAGGACCUUUGUUUGUCAUCAGGGAGUACCUGCCGUAUCUGCGAGCAGCAGCUAAAGCCAAUGGCAAACCAGGGAUGUCAUCUGAUAAAGCAGCUGUGAUAAACAUCUCCACAGAUUCUGCAUCCAUGAGCAUGAUCCCAUCAAUGGAAGACCCAUUCCCAUUCUUUCCAUACAGUAUCAGCAAGGCAGGUCUUAACAUGCUGACUGUAUACACUGCUAGAGAUUUAAAGGAGGACGAGAUUCUCUGCAUUUCUAUUCACCCAGGAUGGGUGAGGACAGACAUGGGAACCAAUGAGGCAACACUCAACACCAGAGAAAGUGUGGAGGGGAUGCUGCAUGUCAUUGGCAGCCUUACUGAGAAAGAAAGUGGUGGAUUCUUGGACUACACUGGAAAAACAAUGCCCUGGUAAAACAGAGGAACAACCAGAAACAUUUACAUAAGUUUAUCAAAAGGCCAAUUGAGAUGCAUAUUGUUCCUGUAAUAAAUGUGUUGAUAAAACAUUAAUAAAUGUUCAUGAUAACCUCAUUCUUAUGUUACGUAAAAUAAAGCAAUCAAACCAA